CUCAUUCGUCGCCGCGGGCUGUCCUCCCCUCUCCCUCGUUGCAGCGCAUUUGUGUCCCGGGAUGACCUGUUGAUGUCGGCUAAAGAUGGAGUACCAGUAUCGCCCUCCGCUGUAGACCCCACUCUCCUCUCCGGUUGGAAAAAUAACACACAAAUGUCCACGUCGGAGUUCGGCCAAGUGAACGCAGCCUGUGUGGCUCCGUGGGUCCCAUUUUUGGUGGAGAUUAAAUAAAUAAUUUAAUCGCUGUGAUAUAUCAUAAGCGACAUUUUGGAGGGGAACAACGCGUGUCUGUCCCGUAUCGGUAGCUGCCAUUCGGCCAGAGGAGGAGGAGGGAACUCGGUCUAAACGGACAUCACACCGCGCUGGCACGGAAAGAGGGGAGACGGGGAGAGCGCUAAACUGCUGAAUAUUUUAUCCCCUCGACUAUUUUUGUGGCACAUUUCGUGCCCCCGGUUCCUCGGACGAUAAACGUGUGCGUGUCGGGAGGGAGUUGAAACCGGGGCUGGCACACAAGAUACAGAAGAAGAGCUCUCUUUUUGUCCCUUUUCCGCUGCCGCCCCCUCCCUCCCUCCCUCCCUCUGAACGCACGCACACACCGGCCCGGGCCAGCCGAGGACUCCCAAAUCCUACCGGGCAUCGAGGCUGGCACACGGCGGGGCACCGAGAGCUCUCUGCCCGCUCUGACUGCCCUGCUGCCCCGCUGGUGGCGGGCUCUCUCCCUCCCGAGGCGUCUACCGGCGAGACAUCGGCUCUGCUAGUCUUUCAUACCCUGUGGUGCUGGGCAGAGCGUUAUGGCUCAGACGCUGCAGAUGGCGAUCCCUAACUUUGGCAACAACAUCCUGGAGUGUCUGAACGAACAGCGGCUGCAGGGCCUCUACUGUGAUGUCUCCGUGGUCGUCAAGGGACAUGCCUUCAAGGCCCACCGCGCGGUGCUGGCAGCCAGCAGCUCCUACUUCCGGGAUCUGUUCAAUGCCGGAGGGAAGAGCUCGGUGGUGGAGCUGCCCCCGGCCGUGCAGCCACAGAGCUUCCAGCAGAUCCUGGCCUUCUGCUACACAGGACGCCUCAGCAUGAACGUUGGAGACCAGUUCCUCCUCAUGUACACCGCUGGCUUUCUCCAGAUCCAACAGAUCAUGGAGAAAGGCACAGAGUUUUUCCUCAAGGUCUCAUCUCCAAGCUGUGACUCCCAGGGUCUCCACACUGAGGAGACCCCACCCUCCGAGCCUCAGAGCCCCGUCACUCAAACAAUGGGAGGUGGGGGAGUCGGCGUCGUUGCCCCAGCCGUGGGGAGACCCGCCUCUUGCCUGACGCCCCUCCCACUGGUGUCUAAGGUGAAGACAGAACAGACGGCCUCCACACCUCAGCCCACCCCACAGCCGCAGCAGCAGGAGGGCUCUCCCUACUCGGUGGUCUGCACCCCCGUGGCCAAGCGGCUGUGGGAAGGGGGCAACCGUGACAGCGGAGGUGGGUCCGGAGGGGGUGGGGGUGGUGGAAUGAGGAAGGCCGCACGCUACUCUUCCUCCUCCUCUUCGUCCUCUUCCUCCAACAACGCCACCCAGGAUGCCUCUGGGCGCGGACCUGCAGCCAAUGCUGCCAUGGUGGGCGGCGGCAGCGGUGCCAGCGUUCCCACUUCAAUGGGAGGAGCCGGACUCAACAGUAACCACAACAACAACAACAACAACAACGGCGGCACCCCCGAAGGCACCAGCCCGGGCACACUGAGCAUGUACACCAGCGACUCUCCAAUCAGUUACCAUGACGACGAGGAAGAGGACGACGUGGCGGACGAGAGCGCCGAAGAGCAGUACAGACAGAUCUGCAACAUGUACACCAUGUACAGCAUGCUGAACGCUGGAGCGGCAGUGGUCGGGGAGCGGGUAGAGGCCCUCCCUGACUUGGCUCCAGACUCAGGCGGCGGGCGAGGCGGCAGGGGGGCACGGUCCAGGCAGGACUUGGCGUCGCUGCCCGCCGAGCUCAUCAGCCAGAUCGGGAACCGCUGCCACCCGAAGAUGUACGAGGAGGGCGACCCGGCCGAGAAGCUGGAGCUGGUGAGCGGCACCUCCGUGUACAUCUCCCGCGCCCAGCUCAUGAACUGCCACGUCAGUGCCGGCACCCGCCACAAAGUGCUGCUCAGACGCCUGCUGGCCGCGUUUUUUGACAGGAGCACUCUGGCUAACAGCUGUGGAACUGGCAUCCGCUCUUCAACCAACGACCCCAGUCGUAAACCCCUGGACAACAGAGUGCUGCAUGCUGUCAAAUUUUACUGCCAGAACUUUGCGCCAAGCUUCAAGGAGAGUGAGAUGAACGCCAUCGCAGCCGACAUGUGCACCAACGCGCGCCGCGUCGUCCGCAAGAGCUGGAUCCCCAAGCUCAAACUGCUGAUGGCCGACAGCGACGCCUACUCCGCCUUCCUGGCCGACAGCGUGAAGAUGGAGGCCGACGCGCUGGGGGCGGAGCAAGGCUUCGACCCUGCCUCCCUGGAAGUGGUGGCGGCGGCAGCGGCUGCGGCCGCCAACCACAAUGAAGCGGGAGGUGGAGCCACGCAACCAGACACCCUCCAGGGGGCGGGAGGAGACGGCAGCACUUUGUUUUGAGUGAGUGAACGGACAGAUAGAUGAGUGGACAGAUGGACAGAUUUGAUGGAGGGAGGGAUGGCAUUUCUCUGGGGGCGAUGAGUAGAGAACGGUGGCCGCUUUGGUCGUGAUGACAGUUGUCACUCCUCCCCUCGCCGCCGUGUGUUUGGGGGGUCUCUUUCUUCUUUUACACCUCUUCUAGUCAGUUUGUUCUGCUUUCCCUCCUUCGUUUGUCCAUGUUUCUGUCUCUCUCGACGGCCCAGAAUGCCUCACUUUGGGUUGUUCCUCCUUCCUUUUCUGGUGGAGAGAGAUGAAAAGAUGGAGAGAAAGGUAGCAGAGGGAGGAGGUCAUACCCCCCCACACACACCUCCUCACUCCUCUGCAACCUUUCAGAACCUGAUUGUUUCAGCCUUUAUUUUUUAUGUUUUCUAAAGUGUGUACUGUCACUAAGGCCCGUUUCUUACCAUAAUCAAUCACAGACAUUCCCUGGGGGGUGGGGGGUGGGGGGUGGGGGGGUAAUCCUGUUUGGAGAACGUGGUAUUUCCUUCCCCAAACUCCGGUAACACUGUUGUUUUUGAUAUUGAAUGUAUGCGUGGCGAAGCAUCCGAACCGCAGCGUUGUAAGUCAGUGGAGGUCGAGUGAGUUUGUACAGAGCCCUUUUUUUAAUUUUUUUUUUUCUUUGUCUGUUUUUGCUUUAUUUCAUCUGGAUGCCAGAUGAAAGCUUCUCGGAGAGCGUGGGAUUGAUGAGGUCAGGGGUUGAAAUGAAUAUUAAUAUGUAUAUUGGCAUGGUUUAUGAUCUCCCCGACCUCCGCCCGACCCCACAAACCCUGCUCUUCAACCCCAGCCGAGCAUGCUGGGAAACUGACCUGCCAGCCUUUUAGAGAGCUGCUGGGGAGUUCUGACUGACAGUGUGGCGGGAGACGGGAAAAAACUAAUAUUUGAUUGACUAAAAACCUUUUUGCCUGAACUUCCCCUUGUUUUUUGACCCGUAGACUACAUCCACAAUAAUAUGCUUUUGUGUUAAAACACAUGACUGUUGCUACGUUUACGCCUGGCGUCCACACUACUCUUUGGCUUCCCUAAAACGGUGAGCUUUGAAAACACUGCUGCCCCCGUUAACGUUUGAAAACCCCGGGGAUGGGUUGUAGUCUUGACAUGAGGAAACUGAGACUUUAAAAAGGAUUGGGUCUUAUCGGUCACAAGGUGUCAAUCCAAAAAAUUUAUAGCUAAUUCUACAUACUUUUGUGAUUUCAUCCUUCAUGUGUGGGUAACGUUGCUCUUUUGCCGCUGCCAGGCAUCCUCCAGCGAUGGAUAAUGCUCCUGGUACCGCCAUAUUUGCUUCACAACGCUUCCCAAUCUGUUUUCUACCGCCUUGACAGCCUUAUACUCACGUUAUUUUCAGCAACAGUUCCACCUGGUUGUUGAUCCAAGCAAAGAAAUGGCUCGACAACCAGGUUGCCAUCUCCGUAUUAUUUACUGUAACUAAGCAACCAGCUGUACACAAUCUGCUUCCUGUUUACAUUGGCACACACUUGCCAAGUGUACGUAAAUAGUCCUGCGAUUCGCGUUUCCAGGCGUGAUAGUAUGAGCGGAGAUUAUUUCUAAAAUGGUGCUAAAACCCUCGUGAGUACAGAGAUCUUUUUCAUUUUGAAAAGCUGUUUUAAAUUAAAAACGUAUUAGUGUGGAUGUGGCCUUAUGAAAAGACAAUUUUAGUUUUCUUGUUUUUGUGUUUAAAUUCUUAAUUUUUCCUUUUAUGUGUGUGAUUUUUGCCGAGCCUCCCGAGGGAGAGGAAACUUGUUACCGAUGAUUGUCAAAGAGUUUGCGCGUGAUAAAUGCACUGUGUUAUUUCCUGCGGUAUGAUUACAAUCGAGCUACGUUUUUGUACGUAUCAGAGAGAGACGAGAGGCGGUUUUAUUUAAAAAAGCAACAAAAAAAAGAGAAAAAAUAGAAGCUGAAAUCCAAUUUAUAUCUCUGGUUAUCACCCUUUUUUUUUCUUUUUUUUUAAGAAAAAACGUCUGAAGGAAAGUCAAGAAAUAUCCAAAAGCGAGUUUCUGCCCGUGAGCUUAGGAACGUGUCGUGUGUGUGUGUGUGUGUGUGUGUGUGUGUGUGUGUUUGUGGAGUGUGUGUGAGGAUUCAGCAGCAAUGUUCUUUUGUUUUCAGCUCGUGUUUAAAUUGUUUUCCCUCCAAAUAUUCGCAGCCAUGCCAGUUAACAGAACAAGUUUCCUCGGGCUCUGCUGCCUGGAUGCGUGCUCGCCUGGCAUGGACAAAGGUGCUAAUUCAGGCAUUGGUACAUUGCAAGGAAUACAGCUCCGUGUGUGUAAUGUGUAGGUGUGUGUUUGAGCGGCCACGCUGUUUUGUGUGUGUGUGCUGCAGCAGAGAGAGAGAGGCCAGACGGUGUGUUUUCACACACGCUUGGUCGAUUCAUUCACCCAUCACUGCGGUGAGCACACACACUCACACACACGCAGGCUAAUACGCAUUUGGGCGCUGUCAGCCGCAUCAGCUACAGUACACCAGAGCAGCAUGGGAAUUAAAGGGGAAUUACACUGAAGCAGAGCUGAGAGGCUGUUUGUUGUUCGUCACAUGUGAGCAUUCACCUUAAAUUUAUUUUAAUGAGGCCGCAUCAUGGGAAAGGUAAACUGUUGCUGCGCUGGUGGAAAGUUUUGUUGUUGCUUUGACAGUUAAUUUCCCAGCUUUAUGUCAUGUGCGAUACUCUGAAUUAUAAACAGAAAGCUGCUAAAUAAUGGAAAUCACAGAAGAAUGUCGGCAUAGAAACAACCCUGAAAGCGAAUAUUGCAGUCAUAUGCGCCUUUGAUACUUAAGUGGCUGAAUGGUAGCUUUCAGAAACUAUAACAAGAAUACAGAGCGAGAUCUUUUCUCUUUAGAAAAAUUGACCUCCAAAUUCCACAAUGCAGCUGAAUACAGUCAUCAGCUAAACCCUGAAGAGGGCUUUUUGCUCUUGUUCAGUCUGAAGUUGAAUACAGGGGCUCCAGGUGAAGUUUUUGAUUUAGUGCCACUGAUAUUUUGCUCCUCGGUGCCAUUGUGGUGUUUUAAAUGGAUAUUCAGAACCUUGUUACACCAGAUUACAGUCUCAGUUUUGACCCCAGUUUCAGGCUUUUAAUCAUAAAAUCUCUCUCAGACAAUCAAUGUAAAGGCGCUCUUUCUUCUGGCAGACCUGACACAUCUGUCUGUUUGGCACUGUGCAAUAAAAGCAGCAGUGUGAAUAGUAGGGAAGCAAAGCUAACCAGCUGUAAGUGCAUGUACUGUGUUGUGUGUGUUGAGCAGAUUACUGUGUGCUAGAGGUGCGCCGAAAUCACAGCUCAGUUCACACGCCUGUUUAGGAGUCACGGUUCAGUGCGAGUUCGGUACAGGGGAAAGAAACAAAUGUAUAAAGAUCCAUUUCUCUUCAUUUAUGUUAAUUAGACAGUAUUGGACAUGUCAAAAAGACAGACUCCUCUUGCUGGGGACUGGAGUAACAUUUUGCCCGUCUGCAACAUCACUCAACUGUUUUCACCAUAAAGAUUUUCAUGCACUUACGUGUUACACUUUACAGACACUUUCCCAAAAGGCAGCAGGUCUCAAGAGGCUAUAAAACUGAAAGCAUCUCUUAUGAUGUGAAAUUGACAAUACAAAAUAAAUAGAAUAAUAAAAAUAAAACUUGUGCAUUAGGAGGAGUGUAACAGUUAUUUCUGUCUGGGCAAUCAGCCAAUCUAAAUGCCAACCGCUCCAGUAAUUGUUUUAUCCUGUUCUGCUUUUGCAUCUUAAGGAGUUGGAGUUAUGUUUUUUCCUCGUCCCAGUCACCAACACAUCUGUUAUCCCUUUUCCACCAAAUUAGCUCUGGUUCUUGAACCGGUCCUGAUCAGGACUCUCAGAGCCUUGGUGCUGUCUAGCGACCCAGCCUGCACUUCCCCCAUUUUUGAAUGAAACCAUUGUAAUCAAGCAUCAUCAUCAGAGGGUGUUCCACAAUGCACAGUUGGAGUAAACAGUAGUAGCAAGAUGGCAGAUCUCGCUGAUCACCUGUGAGCUUUCGUUCAGUUAUUACAGCCAUUUGUUCUUGUCCAAAAAUAAGCAUGGACCAACUAUUAAUGACAAGAAUACAUAGAAGACUAGAACCAAUUUAUUUUUGGUUAAAAAGCUCAGAAUGCUUCACUAAUAGGCGCGCAAACUAGAACGGCACCCAUUCCAUGUUGGUGAUGCUGUCGAAUUAGCGCUACAUGUAGCAUGUUGGACGUGUGGAGCAACUGCAACACAUCAUCCUUGUCUUAUACACAACUCCCUCUCCGUUGCUGUUGUAGCUGCACGGGAACCCACAAGCUGGUCCUCAAGCUCUGGUGUUUUAUUUGCGCUCGCCAAAGUGUGACUGAUUCACACUUCAGUCCUCUUGUUUCGCUAAUCUCAGUAGCAUAUGUUGCCACCUGCGUACAGCUUAAAGUUAUAGGAUGAAACUCCCGCUCAUGAAGUGUGUUUCAGCUAUAUGUGCAUUAAUUGACAUUGUGUUAUCCGUGUGCAUCUGUAGGAACUGAACCAUGACUUCUGUACCGUGAUGGUUUGGCAUGAAUACACAAACCAUUACAGCCAUUACUAUGUGCAGUGCAUUCGUUUAUAUCUUAGAAUUUAACACAGAGAGUAGGGUAAAACUUUCUCCAUGUCUCCCACAUAAUUGGUGGCAGAUUCAAACAAAUUUCAAAUCCUUUUUUUAGGUGUCGGGGCUGCAUUAGACUGCUUUGUGUUAAUUACAUCCAGGCCACAAAAGGCGAUUUAUUUCCUCACAACAAAGUGAAUUAACUUCCUGUUUGUGUGCACUUGUUCUGUCAAAGUGUGGACAAGUUGAGACUGAGACCAGAGCAGAUGAUGACCAUUGUGAAAUCUCCUAACUUGUCAGAUCAGGUCCCUCCUGUAUGAGGGAUUAUCUAAUUAUCUCUCUAAUUUUAUAAUGCUGGAACUCGAUUUUAUGUGCUCAGCUGGUCUUUAAAUAUAUUAUUGAUGGCGCUGAGUCACUAUUGGCUACAUCACAGCAACAGAUAAGUUAGUUUCUCAUAGUAAUCCAGCGUAAUUUAAAUGACCAUAAAUUAAGAAGCUCUGUUUCCGUUUAAGCAAGUAUAUUAAAAAUGGAUUUAUCUCCCAAAGGUCUUUUAUUAAAUGCUGUUUUUUUUGUCUGAUGGAAACACAGAAAAUAUGAAGUGGCACUAGAUGACAGAGAAAGUUUUGCUCUGGAGCCCCGAGUGUGACAGCAUCUUGGCAAAAACGAUAAGAUUGGAAACAGACUUAGUUCCUGUGAAGGUCGUGAGUGAUGCUUUAAAGUUUGGAAAAAGUGAUUUGUUUACAAGUUUGGAGACAUUUUGGAAUUUACAAAAAGCAGACCCGUAUCCUGCGUCGCGGUACUGUCGUGUUAUUGUGAAGACUGGCCUUCGGAUGUGGACGCCAGUAACCAGAGGCGGGCUGGUUUGGUUUGUUGUCCUGAAGUUUGUCUGUCAGAUUCGGUGGAUUAGACAACACCUGUGAUAACUGGUGGUCACAUGAAGCGUGUUUCAGUCUGCAGAUAUUCCCAUAUUACUUUUGAAAUGAAGUGUGACGUUUGGACUGUAGGGGGCAGCAGAAUGCCUUGAGUGUCAGAGGUGUCAUCAUCAUAGUUAAAAAGUGAACGCGUUGUUCAAUUUGAAAGAUAAUCCAUAUCAAUCCCCCUGCUUUUUUUAUAUCUACCAUUUCCUGUGUUUUUUCUAAAUCUGCAUAUCUGCCAGGAUUGGUGAACCAAACUUAUCGGUACAUUGGAUUGCUAUGAAACUCCCAGCGCGAACAUAUCGUAUCAGAAAUGUUAUUUAAGCAUGAUAAUCUUGACUUGGCAUAUUAUAGAUUUGUGUAGUUGUAAAUUAGACACUGACAAAUUAAUUUUUUCUUCAUGUUUGGCCUGUUUUGGUGUUUUUUCCUUUUUAAAUGAGAAGAAACCAGAAGCACCUUAUUACCAGCGCCACAUCAGAAAUGCUGUGGUGAACUGUUUCUUGUCACAGGUUUAUAUUGAUGUUUGGACUGCUCCACACACACACACACACACACACACACACACACACACACACACACACACACACACAGUGCAUACCCUCAAGGUGAAGGGUCUGUCAUUAACCCGUCUCUUAAGCGAAACACAGAAACGGCGCUGCACAAAAACUAAAACACCCCGGAAAAAGAACCAAAAACAGCCCGAGAGGCGUCGUCUAACCCGUCUUUGGACUGAACCAGUUUUGUAGACCAGUGUUAUAAAAAUAAUGUCUGCUUUUUACAGCCUGGCUUUUGAGGAAAGAUGUUUACAUGACUAUUUGUUCUUUUUUAUAUAUUUACAUGUAUAUCAAGUUUUUUAUUAUUUCUUUAAAAAAGAAAAGAAAAAAAAAGGCUAUCAGUCAAAGAAGCCUCGGUCCUGAGACGAGCACCUAAAGGUCCUGCAGUGAGGAGGUGGAAGGUAACCCCACCUUGCCCCACCCUCUAUUCUGGAGCACAUGGUACGAUCUGUGGAGACUUAACCAAGUUCAAUACCUGAGGACAAAGGCAAGAAGAAGGAUGAGAGAGAGAAAGAAGGAAAGAGGGAGAGAAAUUUGGGGAGGGGUAGGGAGGAGGAGGGGAGACAGUUUGCACAUUUCUGUUGUGUUUUCCUUUUUUUAAAAAAAAUCCUUUUAUUCCGAUGCUUUGUUUAAAACCGCCGCCUUAAAUGAGAAAAAAAUGAGAGAGUGAGACAGAGAGGGAAGAAGAGGACAGAGUGAGCCUCCCUGGAGAGGAGGGACGAAUGGGGGAGGG